ACCAUUAUGCAUCGGUCCGGGCCGGCCGACUAUGCCGUCACGCGGUCACAGCGUGAUUAUUCCGAUAUUCGUAUUGAUGACAUGCUGUUACAACUGCGUUUGAAAACAAAGUGCAUUUCAGAGCAUGGCUGCUCCUGGUAUUGGGCUGUUGGACACAGAUAGCGAAGACGAACUACCGGCAGGUUGGGAGGAGAGAAGCACACCAGAUGGACGAGUGUUUUAUGCCAACCACCAACAUCGAGAAACUCAGUGGCAACAUCCUAAGACUGGAAAAAAGAAGAGAAUAACAGGAGAACUUCCUUACGGCUGGACUGCAGAGGAAGACGACCAGAAGAGACGGGUCUUUGUAGACCAUCUGAAUAAGAGGACUACCUUCACAGAUCCCCGGCUCGCCUUUGCCCAGGAAGAGAGCAGUAAACCUGGGGAUCUACCCAGACGGUUCGAUGCCCUAAGCACGGCUCUCAAUGUGCUGCAGGGUAGAGACCUGUCAGGCAAAUAUGCAGUCAUCACAGGAGCCAGCUCUGGCAUCGGCUUUGAAACAGCAAGGUCACUUGCGCUCCACGGCGUCCACGUCGUCAUGGCUUGCCGCAAUCUCAAGGCGGCCAAUCAGGCUGUAGCAAAGAUCAAGGAGGAGCUCUCAUUGGCCAAUGUGGAAACCAUGCCACUGGAUCUAGCCUCCUUCAGGAGCGUCAAACAGUUUGCCGAAAACUACAAAUUGCGCGGCUGGCCUUUGCAUAUUCUGAUCUGCAACGCGGCGGUCUUUGGCAUCAAGUGGCAGCUCACGGAAGACGGGCUGGAGAAGACAUUUCAGGUCAACUACCUCUCGCAUUACUACCUUGUUCGCCACCUGGAAGAUGUCCUCAUCAAGUCCUCUCCUGCCAGGGUGGUCUUUGUGUCUUGUGAGUCUCACCGAUUUCUGGACAUCUCCUCCAAUAAGCUAGACUUGAACAAGAUCUGUCUGGCCCAGGCAGACUACCACUCGCUGUGCGCUUACGGCCAGUCCAAACUCUGCCUGAUCCUGCUCAGCCAGCACCUGCACAGGCGUCUAACUGACCGAGGCGUGAGCUCCAACGCAGUGCACCCAGGCAACAUGAUCUACACCAACUUGCAGAGUAGCUGGUGGGGCUGGCGAGUGCUGUUCCUCCUGGCCCGGCCGUUUGCAAAAACCAAGCAACAAGGAGCAGCCACCACGGUGUACUGCGCCACAGCCCGGGAGCUGGAAGGCCACGGGGGCAUGUACUUCAACCACUGCCAGCUGUGCCAGGCAUCAGAUGAGGCUUACGACGAAGAACUAGCCACCGCACUGUGGCAGUUGAGCGACUCUCUCAUUAAAGAACGGCUGAGCAGAUAUACUCUUUGACAGAACUUUUGAGUGUAAACAUGGGCAUCGAAUAUUUUUUCCCCACUCCGACAGCGGUUCUUUUUCUGGACCUCCUCUUCUCCCCUAGAGAAAAUAAACCGAAAGAGGAAAAAUAAAAAUUCUGAUUUCUCUCCUUAAAGGUAGUGUACACCAUUGGUAAAAUCUCCCAAUUCAGACUAUCGUAUAAUCCGGAAUUAUCUUACUUGAAAGAACAGCCUCAAUCAGUCUGUCAAAUAUUUCCGCCCAGAAUGCUGUGGUUUUCGAGAAAACAGAAAUUUGUCUUCUUGUUUUUACGAUGGUCAGCCAACCAUCGUAUAAAGAGUUCAUUUCACUUUGCAUGUCACUCUCUUCUAACAGAUGCCAAUUUUUUUGUGCGUAGUGUUUGCAGAUGUUUUGGGAGUCUCCAUUAACCCUAACCCUCCUCAAUCCUUCACCUGUUGGAGGACUGAGGAGUGUUAGGGUUAAUGAAUGGGUAAACUUAAAAGCAGCUAGAAAUGUACCAAAGAAAAUUCACCGAAAACAUUGUAAACUGAAAUUAUAGGAAGCAGAGUGUAAGGUGAAAUGGAGAAAAUAAACUGAAUCAGUGUGAAGUUAAAUU